AUGGCGACUUUACUCCCUCGUUCUCUUGGUCUUGCAGAAACAAUAUUGUUUAAAAAUGGGACUAAGAUAUUGGCCGCAACAACAGCAAACAACCUUCCAAACAAACAACAAGUGAGACAUCUCAAUGUCCAUGAAUAUAUAAGCUAUACAUUAUUACGUGAUCAUGGUAUCCCAGUACCAAAAUUUAAUGUUGCCAAGACCAAGGAAGAGGCUUUUAAGUUUGCCACAGAACUUAACACCAAAGAUAUUGUUCUCAAAGCCCAGGUUCUUGCUGGUGGAAGAGGAAAAGGAGCUUUUAAAAAUGGUCUCAAAGGUGGUGUUCGCAUGGUUGACAAUCCUGAAGUGGCAGGUGAAAUUGCUAGCAAAAUGUUGCAACAAUACUUGGUGACCAAGCAGACAGGAGCUGCUGGACGCAUUUGCAACAUGGUCAUGAUUACUGAAAGGAAAUUUCCACGUCGGGAAUUCUAUGUUGCUAUAAUGAUGGAAAGAAGCUUCAAUGGACCAGUCAUUAUUGCAUCUUCCCAAGGUGGUGUAAACAUUGAAGAUGUGGCUGCUGAGAAUCCUGAUGCUAUCACAUAUGAACCUAUUGAUAUUAUGACUGGAAUAACAGAUGAACAAAUUCGUCGAGUUGUAAAGAAGAUUGGCCUUGAUGACCAUGCUGAAGAAGCACUAGAAAUGAUUAAAAGGAUGUAUGAUCUGUUUUUAAAAAAAGAUGCACUUCUUAUUGAAAUUAAUCCUUAUGCCGAGGAUGCUGUUUCUGGCAAAUUUUUUUGCUUGGAUGCUAAAUUUAGAUUUGAUGACAAUGCGGAAUUUAGACAAGAAGAACUUUUUGCUUUAAGAGAUAUAUCACAGGAGGAUCCAAAGGAAAUUGAAGCUGCGAAAUAUAACUUGAACUAUAUUGCUCUCGAUGGAAAUAUUGGAUGUAUGGUGAAUGGGGCAGGUCUUGCUAUGGCUACUAUGGACAUUAUUAAGCUGUAUGGAGGUGACCCAGCAAACUUCCUUGAUGUUGGAGGUGGUGCCACGGCACAAGCUGUUUCUGAAGCAUUUAAAAUUAUCCUAUCAGACCCAAAGGUGACUGCUAUAUUAGUUAACAUCUUCGGAGGUAUUAUGAGAUGUGACGUUAUAGCUGAGGGUAUAGUGACCGCUGCCAAGAAUCUUAAUAUCCAGAUCCCUGUGAUUGUUCGUCUUCAGGGAACAAAAGUAAAUGAAGCAAGAAAGUUGAUUGCAGAUUCAGGCCUCCGUAUUGUACCACGUGACAACCUUGAUGAAGCCGCGAAAUUGGUUGUGCAACUAUCUGAGAUUGUUGCGCUUGCUAAGAAGGCCGGCGUCGAGGUCAAGUUCGACAUCCCUAGAUACAUGAUUGAAAAGUAG